UGUAGUCUCUGUAAUUUCCAGUUGGGGAGCGACAACUUCCAGGCAAAGCAUGCUGGGAGUUGUAGUCUCUCUGUAAUUUCCAGUUGGGGAGCGACAACUUCCAGGCAAAGCAUGCUGGGAGUUGUAGUCUCUGUGUAAUUUCCAGCUGGGGAGCUACAACUUCCAGGCAAAGCAUGCUGGGAGUUGUAGUCUCUGUGUAAUUUCCAGCUGGGGAGCUACAACUUCCAGGCAAAGCAUGCUGGGAGUUGUAGUCUCUGUGUAAUUUCCAGCUGGGGAGCUACAACUUCCAGGCAAAGCAUGCUGGGAGUUGUAGUCUCUGUGUAAUUUCCAGCUGGGGAGCAACAACUUCCAGGUAAAGCAUGCUGGGAGUUGUAGUCUCUGUGUAAUUUCCAGCUGGGGAGCUACAACUUCCAGGCAAAGCAUGCUGGGAGUUGUAGUCUCUGUAAUUUCCAGUUGGGGAGCGACAACUUCCAGCUGAGAUCCAUCUUUAGGGUGUAGAGAUGCAGGGAGAUGUGCCUUACAGGGCUAUGAUGGAAGCUGUCCCAUAGGCCUUAGAUUCCCCCAUGGCCCAGGAUUCCCAGCCGCACCCUCUCUUUGCCGGUGCUUUCUCUGCAGUGCUGCCCCCCUUCUCUCAGGAUGUCAGUGAGCUGCGGGAGAUCCCAGACAACCAGGAGGUUUUUGCCCACAAUGCCACUGACCAGAGUAUCAUAGUGGAAUUACUGGAGUAUCAGGAAGGGGUAUCAGACUCAGAUGCUGCCCGAUACCACUUUGAAGAUGUGGCGUCAAGUAAUGAUGCAGAGGGCCAAUCAGAAGUCUUAAGCGUAGAGCCCCUCCCCCUGGCUCAGCUCACUCUCACUGCCUGCACCAAUGCCUGGGUACUGACCGGUCACCAGCUAGUGGCCAAAUUCAAUGAAGAGGCUCGAAACGCUGUCACUAUACACAUGGCCUUAUUCCGCCUGCCGCAGCACUCAACUGACAUGCUCGUCACAUUCAAUGACCCUGCUGCCAUUAACCCAUCCAGCAGCAGCGCAGUGGGAGGAGCAUCCCUGGCUCCACUUUCCCCAUGGACACUUGCGGACUUCAACCGGCUCCUAUGCACUUUGCAGCUGCACAAUCCCAGCAUCUUUGGGUGAUGUCAGACUGACACCAAGCAGAGAGGUGCAAAUGGAGAGUACCGCGAGGGGCUGGGAGUGAUCAGUAAGUAAGGGAGGAGCAUUGGUUGAUUGCAUGUGAAUCAUAACCAAUCAGAAGACAAGUGAUGGAAGAGGAGAGAGAGGCCAUUUAGCAAUAACAUACUGUAUAUAUAUAUAUAUUUAUAUUCCCUGUACAAAUAAAGUUUCCUUCCCCUUUGGACAA